GACGUUCUCUCCGGCGACAGUAACCCUUAUUGAGGCGAAAAUGCCAAAGCGCUUCACAGGCAAGCUUUGCGGCUUCCUUUUCGACCACCUGGAGCGUGGUACGUUCGGCGAGCGACUGCAGUGGGUUGAUCGGAAGGAAGGAGUCUUCAAGAUAUUAUGGAAACACGGAAAUGGCGCAUCGGCCACACCUGAUGAAGACGUCAGUGUCUUUAUGGAAUGGCAUCGGUACAAGACCCGCCGCUCAGAAUGUGCCCCGCUGGAUGCUAAGCAGAGGUUUCGCGCCGCUUUGAACAAGAUGAAGCUAGACGUGGUGAAGAGCUGGGAGAGAGAAAAGAACUUCCAGUUUCGCAAGUUUCCCAAGGAAGAUUUAGAAUACCAGUUCAAAAAAGGGGACCAGCGUGUUCCCACCUCGGCAACCCUGUCUGUCGACUACACGUCUGAGACAGAGUGUCAGCCGACCUCACCGAGUGAUGAUGCAUCGAGCUCUAGCGCGUACUCUGAGCCCACUUCACCAUACAGCUUUCAGAACACUGAGGCCGAGGUGGCGGAAACACAGCUUGAGUCAUCCGCAGCGAAAUCGCCGGAAAUUUCGUGGCAGCCGCUGAUGGCCGUCCGCCAUUCCUUCACGCCACCUCUGUGCUCCGAGGCGCCUUACAGGUCAUUGACCACGGACGAACCGGCGAAGUUUUUCGAAGAAAUAGACAACACGUAUUACAGCUACAACGGUGUUCAUGACGAUGUGACCAUGCUCACUGACGAUGUGCUUCUAGAAAAUGAGAAGGAACUUCUGGAUGAUCCGUUCCUCGGGAAGCUGCUCACAAACGACGAGGCGCUGCUUUCAGCACUCAGUAACAGUAACGACGCCUUGCAACAGUCAUGACAGUACCUUCCUCCAACAAUCACUUCUUUCCAGAAAUGCGUUCCUAUUCGCCUAGACCUUCUUGUUAGUGUAUACGUUUGCCUUUAGUUGCGCCGCUUUUUUCUUUCUUUUUCGUGUUUUGAACGUGCUGCGGUAGCUUCAAGCAUGUAACUUUCUGACAUUGCACAAGUAGUGGUGGAUUUUCCGGUGGCCGAAUAGCCGUAAGCAUAGAAAAAACAAACGUUCGGGCCGAGCAACUUUGUUUUGUAGAAACGAUUCCUGGUGACUAAACUCCCUCCAAGGGCCGUUGAUUAGUAUGUUAUGAGAAAACUUACAAUGAACUGGUCGCAUUUCUUCGCAUCCACGCAGUUUGUCUUCCCAGUUAAAUAAUGGUUACAACUUAUAUAAUGGCAGGAGAGAAGGUCGACUGUCGUGCCUUACGCUACAAGACUGCGUCAGAUACUGAUAAGGUUGCUCUUUUGCGAAAGGUUACGGAAUCGAAGAUUACGUUACUGACGUAAUCUUUGAUUCCGUGCAUGCAUGCUUAUAUAAGGCGUACAACUGAGUUGUACGCCUUCUUUAACUUUCUUGCCUUUUAUGACACACAUUGAAAACUUUCGUAAUUUUCACUCUUCAGUCCAGCAUCAGCCUAUAUGUAACGGAAUUUUCGAGACUUAACACAAAAGUUACCUUGCGUACACCUUUCUGUAUUAGGAAACUUUUCCAUGGAGUUAAUUUUUUGUUUUUAUUGCAUUGUGUUUCACCCACAACCAGUUUGAGCUUGUUCUAGUGUGACCCUUAAACAUUUUGUGAGUUUAGGAUUAUUAUUUGCAUUUGUUUUUUGUACCUGUUCACUAUUUUUAAAGUGAAAACGCAGGUCUAUGUACAAGAUGUGCUAAAGCGUACGAGGAAGCUCGUUUUUGUUUAAACGACGUACAUAGUGCCCACGUACCUAAAAUUGUUGUUUUGGUACAUGUUGUAAUGUUUUUUAUAUGUCUUCCUUAAGAAAUGGUGCAUGUAUGCGCUGUGCCUGCGCGGCUGUUUGAUACGCUCUGAUGCCUUCGUUGCAACAGGUGAUGCGAUUGCGA